CAAAACAAACAGACGUCUCGAAAAUUCACUUGGGCCACGUCUUUUGCGGCUCUUCUCGCUCCCUGCGACCCAUGUCCGCCGACAUGAUCGCCCCGCCCGUCAACCAUGCCAUGAAGGUGCUGGACCGCAGCUUCUUCCAGAAGACGGUCCCGACCUCCGCCGCGCGAAUUUUCAACCCCAAGAACAUCGCAACAUGUCGCACCGAGCUGCAUCGGGCCCAGGAUGCUUGGCUGAAUGCCCGCAUCGCUCCAAUCAGACUGGACCCCGACGAGGAGAGAGCGCGUGUUGGCGGAAAAUGCAUCCUGCUGCGGCCGGAGGUCCUGCACAACGAGCGCAGCGGCACAGUUGGCGUCAUCCCGUAUGAUUUGCGCCUCGACUACAGCUACUUCAACUACUUGGAGAUCAUGAACGCCAUCAUCCCGCCCUCUGACCAGUCCGGGCACGACGACCUGCCCACGGGCUUCAGCAUGGUCGGUCACGUGGCGCACCUCAACCUCCGCGACAAGUACCUGCCUUACAAGCACCUUAUUGCCGCGGUCCUCGCCGACAAGAACCCCACAGUCACAACCGUCAUCAACAAGCUGGACAAUGUGGGCAGUGAGAGCGCAUAUCGCACGUUCCAGUAUGAGGUUCUCUAUGGCCCCGACGACAUGGACGUCACCGUGAGCGAGCAGCAUUGCACUUUCUCCUUCAAUUUUGCAAACGUAUACUGGAAUAGUCGGCUGCAAGGAGAGCACGAGCGGCUUUGUGACAUGUUCCAGGAAGGAGAUGCCAUAUGCGAUGUCAUGGCCGGUGUAGGGCCCUUCGCCAUUCCCGCAGGGAAGAAGAAAUGCUUCGUCUGGGCUAACGACCUGAAUCCAGACAGCUACAAAUACUUGCUGGAGGGUAUUCAGAAGAACAAGGUUGCCGACUUCGUUCGACCCCUCAACGAAGACGGGCAUGAAUUCAUACGGACAGCGACUGCAGAUCUCCUGAAGUCAGAGCACUCAGUCCCAGUAUUCCCCAAAAAGAAGAUAUCCAGGAAGGACCCCAAUCCCCCAAAAGGUCCCCGUGAACCACUCAAAACAUUAGUCCGGCCCCGUUUGUUCUCCCACUAUGUCAUGAACCUCCCGGCAAGUGCUAUCGCAUUCCUGCCCAGCUUCAUCGGCCUCUACUCCACCAUCCCCGGCAUCUCAGCCAAUGAAAUCCGACGACUGUUCACCCCGCACACAGAGACUCCCCUCCCAAUGAUCCACGUCUACUGCUUUAGUACUAAGAGCGACGAUAACAUCGCCGAGGGCCACGAUAUUUGUCGCAGGAUAUCCAGGGAAUUGGGCCAUGAAGUCACACCCGCCACGCCGGAGCUCCAGAUCUGGGAUGUCAGGGACGUGGCGCCGAAGAAGAGGAUGUUUUGUGCGAGCUUCAGGCUUCCGGAGGAAGUGGCGUUCAAGGGGGUGGAAGACUAGACGCUUGGCAUCUACCCGUCGGUCAGUGGAAAGCGCCAAGAUAUUCGGGGAGGGUGUGCGUAAAAGUUUCAACUCUGCAAGGAUUUUGCUAUUAGAU